AUGGCAGUCUCAAAGGCAACUUCACUCGUGGCUCUCAUGGCGGUCUUCGUCACCGUCCUUUCUGUCAUCGGCGCCGCUCAGGCCGCCGAAUCUCCAGCUCCGAGCCCAACCUCCGCAUCCGCCUCCAUAUCCCCGUCGUUCAUCUCUGCUUUCGCCGCCGCCUUCGCCGCUAUCCUCUUCGGAUCUGCGCUCAGGGUUUAA